ACAAAACUUGUAAUUCUGUCGUUUUCAUUUCGUUCACUUUCGACAGUUUUCAUUUUAGAUUGUAAAAAAGUUUCUAUAAUAUGAAGUUUUUUUGAUAGACAAAAUACGGAAUAAUGUCAACUACGGAAACAAAUUGUUUACAAGAGACUGUGACAGUGUUAAUCAAUGCUAUUGGGGAUAGUGAGAAUUCCGUAAAUAAUGUUGUAAUUAAGUCCCUAACGAAAAUAGCAAACACAUAUCCGAAUGAAGUGAUAGAAAUAUUUAGUGAUUUUUAUAAGAAUAGCGCCAAAGUCAACACUACGCAGCUGAGUAAUAUUGUUAAGGUUUUAGAACAAACAUGUGUGAAUCAAGUGAAGAAACUAAAUUCAAAAACGGCAACGGAUUUGGUGAAUUCAAUGCUUCGGGCAAUGACGGAGAACACGGCUUACGAGCCUAUCAUACAAAUGGGAGCUUCGUCAGUGCUGGUUGCUGUCAGCCAUGAGUACUUGGAUAUGGUACUUAGGCUGCUCAUCAACCAGCUGUCGCCGGCGUCAGUACCACACUACGCCAUCGUACACACGCUAGGUACGCUCGCCGCGGUCAACACGCACGGCGUCGUGCCGCAUAUUAAGGAGAUUCUAAGCAAAAUGCUGCCCCUUCUUACACUAGUCAAACACGACGGCGUCAAACAGGCCUUCGCUUACGCAUUCGGUCACUUCGCCGUCGCCGUCGCUGAACAGAUUGGCGACAAUGUUCAGACUGACAACAUUACAUCCAUCAAAGAAAAUUUUGUCACAGAAUUCUCCAUAAUAUUCGAUGUACUUUACAACCAGUGGCUCUCAUCUCACGAACCUAAAGUAUCUGAAUCGAUAUUAGAAGCGCUCGGCCCAAUAACUAGACUGAUAUCUGAAAGGCAGUUCAACGAAACUGUCAACAAAUUUGUACUUUCGUUGCUUGCAUUGUAUCGAAAACCAGCAUUGAACUUCUACUACAUAAGUCAAUGUAUCUCCUAUCUGCUUUCACCGUCGGCUUUGAACCCCAAGUUGACACUAAAUGACAAUGUAAUAACUGCUAUUAAUCACGCCAUGUUCAAUUUGAUCCUCGUCGAGCCGGAUUAUGAUCAGCCGCACACUGUUAAAAAUCAUUUCGAAGUUUUAAGAUGUUUCGAUCACAUGGCCGGACAGUUUCCCGAACAGACCAUCGAGGGUCUUCUACAUCACUGUAAAAAUAACCACGAAAAAGAUAGAAUGAAGGCUGUGAUAAUAUUGACACACUUGACGACGUCGUCGCAAGUCUUUAUUGAUAAGUACGCUGUUAAAUUUAUAGCUAUUCUGAAAGUUAUGAUUACUAUGGAACAGAACGUGAAAAUGAAGAAAUUGCUUAUGAAAGCGAUCGUAGGUUUAGUUUAUAGAAAUUGUAUAACGACAUCCGAAGACUUCUCUAUGGUCGAGUUUAUCAUCAAACACUGUGGCUACGAAGGACCUGCCAACAUUCCUAAACAGGACAUAUUAGAUCUGCACGACACUUGCAGAAGUUCCUUAAUACUUAUGUGUAAUACAGUAACGAGUGUCAGAACGCAAUUUCGAAAUCUAUUACUUACUGCGUUAACUGUUGAAGAAUUUACUAGUUCAAUGGCUACAGUGAGUCAUUGUUUAACUUCGCUUCUGCAAAACAAUUCCGAUGUUAUCAUAGACGAGCCUACAGACAAAACUAUUGAAGUCAAAAUUAGUGCAGAUUUAGUUUUUGUUAGAUGCAUAAUACACCUCGUCGAUCCCAAUGAGAAAGAAAAGAAUAAGAGUUUGUUGAUAUUCUUGGAGGAAUAUUCUGGCGAUGUUCAUAAGAAUUUGAAGAAUUCUUGGACGGUCGAAAUCCAAAGAUUGUUGAAGUUCGUCGAUAAGAAUGAAUCUAGGGAUCAGUGGCACGGCAUGUUACUGGACAUGUUGGUGUCCGCCAUCGAACAGGUGAAUAGCAAUAAAUGGGUGGAGACGAUAGCGACAUUGCUCUCACAACAGGUUUUAAGCAAGAAACAGUCCCCAAUGAUAAAAGGCGUAUCCUUACAGUACUUGGCUAUUCUAUCUUGUCACAUGUCCAACGCGGCGGCCGUCGAAAAAGUUUUGAAAAUAAUAAUCUUCUCCUUAAAAGCGAUACCUUUAGAGAGUUGCGAUUACGUCAGCAAAGCAGUCGGUAUAGCAUCCAGGCAGCACGGGGAAGACGUCAUGAACGAGCUGGAUGCAAUCUAUAAAGAGAAUGAGGCUAAGAGAGGCAGUAAAAUGUUUAACUUCUUUUCACCGAAAAGUGCCAAACACGAAACUGAAAUUAGUGUAGUGAAAUAUGCAGCCAUUUCUUGUUACGGAAAGAUAGCCAACGAGUGCUUGGACGUACAUGUUCUGGCCCGCCUCGGAGAAAAUGUAACAUCUAUUCUGCAUGAAACAUUGAAGUCCAAUCCACCGUUUGAUUUGUGCAAAGCCAGCGUGACAACACUGUACGAAAUUAGCAAGGCGCUUCAACCCGCGUCACAUCAUAGCAUCACGCUGCGAAACCGUUGGCAAUUAUUAAAUGCUGUCUUAUCACAAAUCUACAACUCAAACAUCGACGGUCGCAACGUGGAACUGUACCCAAUAAUAGUGAAAGCUUCGAAAGCCCUGACGAAAUUACAGAAAGGAAUAUUACCCGAAGAGAGGAAUACUAUACUGAGAGUUUUAUUCGGAAGUAUUUUCGAAGAACUGUCAUCAUUUAAGCACAAAUAUGAAAUAGAAGGGAACAGGGAUAAAAAUGAUUUAUUGGCUAAAACUUUGAACGAUUCGUUGACUCUACUGCAUCAAUUGAUAAGAGAAUUGAUAAUACAAUCGACAUGUUUAAGCACAAUCGAUGAUCUAAUGGGACUUUUGAUGGAGUGGAUACGUAGUGAUUAUGAUGAGAUCAGAUCGGCGGCCAUGCUGAUCCUUCAAGUUGUUUUCGACUCGUACAUUAAAAAUGUAAAGCUGAAUUACGAAACUCCGAGUAAAUUCGGUCAGAUGGGAUAUCUACUAGGGAUACUGGUGCCGGGCGUCGCCGAUACUAACUUCCAAGUGAGACUGACCACAGUGGAUUGCAUCAAAUUGAUUAUUCAAACGCAAGAUUUGUACGAAGGUCUUAUUAUGGAGGCGGACAAUGAAUGUCUGGCGAGUCUCACUCACCUACAGAAUAAUAUACUGACCAAUGAUCUGAAUAUGAUAAGUGAUUAUUGCACGAUACUGUGUGACACUAUAUCAUCGAAGAUACCUCAUCAUCAUAUGAUGCAGUUCAUAGAGAGUUUGUUGGAGGGAUACGACAGCCAGGAGUACAGGAGUGUGGGGAUCAGUGCGGUGUUGAACGUUCUAUUCACGAAGAAAGGUCAGGAUCUGUACCAGAACAUCGAGAGGAUAGUGGAGGUGAUGCUGACCAAGAUGGAUGAGGUUAGCGAGGAUGCCAUGGCUCGGCUGCUGGCGCCGCUGACCUCACUCACGAGGCACCACUCCAAUGCAGUCACAGCUGUACUGCUAACACAGAAGUUGCCGCUGAAACCAUCAGUGAUGGCGUGUUGGCGGUGUCUAGCAAGCGACGAAAGUCUUUCAGAAGCUAUUAUAGACAACUUCCUCAGACUGAUGACGUCUAUCGAACUAUACGAGGACCCAUACCACAUCACCGAAACUCACAUCGCCGCGCUGCAACCGCUCACUCUGAUAAGUGCGCUCGGUGAAAUGUUACAAGUGCCGUCAAUGAAGCAGCUCUGUAUCGCGAAGUUCUCCGACAUGUUCACGGUGCUGUACACGACGUUGGCGUGUUACCUGGAGGCGGCGGCGCCCGCCUACACCGUGCCCAGCGGCGGCCGCGAGCGCUUCGCCAUCGUACCCAACAGGGACGCCAUCAAACUCUCCCCCGCCAAGAUCACUCUUCACACAUUCAAUGCAUUCCUAGACCAUGCCGACUGUCAAAAGGUGAGAGAGGCGUGCUCGCUGUGCCUGUCGGUGGAGCACGGCGAGGGCACGCUGGGCGAGCUGGCGGCGCUGCUGGCGGGCGCGCUGGCCGGUGCCCGGCUGGCGAGCUGUGCGGCGCGGCUGGCGCGGUGUGCGCGUGCGCCGCUGCCCCCACAGCGCUGCGCCGCCGUCGCGCUCCUCGCCAACCUGCUCGACCAACGUUGCAGCGAUAACCCGGUGUUGGCGGAGACGAUCCUGGCGACGCUGAGCACGGGGUGGAAGGAUGAGCACCCGCGAGUGCGCGCCGCCAGCCUGCGCGGCGCCGCCAACGUGGCCCGUCUGCCGCACGCGCUGCGCCACGCCGCACUGCCCGCCGCGCUCAGCGCGCUCAGCCAGGGCAUAGAUGCACAGAAGACACAAUUGCCGAUUGAUAACGUACCUCUGGCCGCCAUCCAAGGUCUGAGCUGUUUACUGAUAGAGCUGGAGACGUUAGACAAGGAGUUUGACCGCGAGCUGCUGUCGAUAUCGCAGAAGAUACGUCCGUUCAUGAACACGGAGUGCUCUCAGCUGCGGGAGUCUUCCAUCAGAUUGUUCGGCAUCAUCUCCACCAGAGUCAGCUCGGAGACGCUCCUCGAACAAGCUGUUAGUUCCCUACCCUGCUUCUUAAUGCAUUUGUGUGAUAACAAUCCUGCUGUUGUUAGGGCGAGUAAAUUUACAUUACGUGAAGUAUUCAAAACAUUGAAUGUAAAGAAGUCGAAUGAGUUCGUACAAGCUCACCUCCUGGACGAGGGCCGGCUGUUCCUGGACCAGUUCCUGAGCGCGCUGCUGCGUCUCCUGGCGGAGGAGAUGCCUCGCUGUGUGCCAACUUGUCUGCAGGCCGCUGUCAACUACCUGCACUGCACCAGCGAGGAGAUGAAGCCACAUCCUCCGCUGUUGAUAGGUUUAUUGUACGCGGAACUUAACCGUAUACAAGAGAAGACAUCAGAAGAAAUAGAUCUAGAUCCAGAUAUAACAAAAAGUGCUAGAACUCGUUUACUUCAGUUGAUCAAAGAUCCAAAUCCGGUUGUGAGACAGAACUCGGCUCUGGCUCUUGCUAACAUAUGUCUGGUCUGCGCUCAUCAUGAAUGACCACGUCAUAUGGUCAAUAUUGUACCACAAAGACCAUAUGACCAUAUGAUGGUGAAGAUGGUGAUAAGAAAUGGACAUGAAAUAAAUAUUUGAAGAUAUAAAAAACAUACAAAAAAAAAUGUAUUCAGAGUAUUUUUGUUGAG